UUUGAAACCAACGAGAGCGAGGCCCCUCCCUCCCUCCCUCCCUCCUGUUCAACUCUCUCUCUCUCAGUACAGCUCAGCUAAUAAUGGCGUACCGAAACGGCGUCGCCGCCAGGGGCACGGUGAAGCUGGAUCGCCCCGUCAGCUUCAGAACCUCGUCGUCUUUCAAGUCCAAGCUUCCUCCCUCUCCCUCUCCCGCCUCUGGAUCCGCUCUCCGCCGCAGCAGUCCGGCCUCGUUCGGCUCCGCUUCUAACAAAGACGAUCACGCAGUGCCGGGAAGAGUUAGAGUGGCUGUAAGAUUGCGACCUAGAAAUGCGGAGGAGUCGGCUGCCGACGCAGAUUUUGCUGACUGUGUGGAGUUGCAGCCGGAGCUUAAGAGGUUGAAACUUCGGAAGAACAAUUGGGACACUGACACCUACGAGUUUGAUGAUGUGCUUACUGAAUAUGCGUCGCAGAAGCGCGUCUAUGAAGUUGUUGCUAAGCCUGUUGUGGAGAGUGUUUUAGAUGGUUACAAUGGGACCGUGAUGGCUUAUGGUCAGACGGGUACGGGGAAAACAUUUACUCUUGGGCGACUAGGAGAAGAAGAUACAUCUGAUCGUGGAAUCAUGGUUCGUGCAAUGGAGGACAUUUUAGCUGAUAUAUCUUUAGAGACUGAUUCUGUCUCUGUCUCGUAUCUGCAGCUUUAUAUGGAGACCCUCCAAGACCUGCUGGAUCCAGCAAAUGAUAAUAUUCCCAUUGUUGAAGAUCCAAAAACUGGAGAUGUUUCAGUACCUAGGGCAACUGUUGUAGAUAUCAAGGACCAGUUAAGUUUCCUGGAGCUGUUAAGAGUUGGUGAAGCUCAUCGCAUUGCCGCUAAUACAAAGUUGAAUACUGAAUCUUCUCGCAGUCAUGCGAUUCUGAUGGUAAAUGUUAAGAGGUGUGUUAUGGGAAGUGAAGAUAAUGUUUCGAGUGAAAAUGGUGAUCCUUCUCACUUGACCAAGCCUUCUAGACCACUUGUUCGGAAAAGCAAACUUGUUGUUGUAGAUUUGGCAGGUUCGGAACGCAUCCAGAAAUCAGGAAGUGAGGGACAUAUGUUAGAGGAAGCCAAGUGUAUCAAUCUGUCUCUUAGUGCAUUAGGGAAGUGUAUUAAUUCUCUAGCCGAGAAUAGUAGCCAUGUUCCAUUUCGUGAUUCAAAGCUUACAAGAUUGCUUAGAGAUUCAUUUGGAGGAUCAGCGAGGACUUCACUAAUUGUUACCAUUGGUCCUUCUCCACGCCAUCGAGGAGAGACUUCAAGUACCAUACUAUUUGGGCAAAGGGCUAUGAAGGUGGAAAAUAUGUUGAAAAUAAAGGAAGAGUUUGAUUACAAAAGUUUGUCGAGAAAACUUGAAGUACAACUGGAUAAGCUUAUUGCAGAAAAUGAAAGGCAGCAUAAAGCUUAUGAGGAUGAAGUUGAAAGACUAAAUGUAGAAGCAGAAAAACGUAUUUCAGAGGUUGAGAGAAACUUUGCUGAUGCAUUAGAGAAGGAGAGGCGAAAAUGCCAGAUGGAUUAUAUGGAAGCUGUUAAGAAGCUUGAGGAGAAGUUGGUGUCAAAUCAGAAGCAAGGCCAGGAGGGCCUGGUCAAUGGUAAAUGCAAUGGAGAGGAAGUGAGUGAGGUGCAAGAGUUGCUCCAAAAAGAAAUUCACCUUCGAAAGGUGGCUGAAGAGGAGGUGGAAAAUCUUAAAACUCAACUGGGGCUAUUUACACAAUCAGAAGUAGGUGGAAAUGCAGAGAUUGUAAGGGUUCACAAAAUUUUAGAGGAGGAGGCCCGGCAUAAGAAGAAACUUGAAGAAGAAAUCAUUAUAUUACGUAGUCAGUUAUUGCAAUUGAAUUUUGAAGCUGAACAGAUGAGGAGCUGUCUUGAUAGAGGCGGGGCUGGAAAUGGGUAUAGUACUGCAGAUUCUUCCAUGUCUUCAGUCAGGCAUUCUCAUCCCAGAGAUGUUGGAAAUGGACAGAAGGCACCAGUUUCCACACUCUUUGAACAAGUUGGAUUGCAAAAGAUUUUGUCGUUACUGGAGUCAGAAGAUGCUAAUGUGCGUAUUCAUGCUGUAAAAGUAGUGGCCAACCUAGCAGCUGAAGAAACAAACCAGAAAAGGAUUGUUGAAGCUGGUGGUCUUACUUCGUUGUUGAUGCUUCUUAGGAGCUUUGAGGAUGAGACUGUUCGAAGAGUGGCAGCCGGUGCAAUUGCGAAUCUUGCAAUGAAUGAAGCCAAUCAAGAGCAUAUAAUGGUUCAAGGUGGAAUCAGUUUGUUGGCCACAACGGCAGCUGAUGCUGAUGAUGCCCAAACCCUUCGCAUGGUUGCUGGAGCUAUUGCAAAUUUAUGCGGCAAUGAUAAGCUACAAACAAACCUACGGUCUGAAGGUGGUAUUAAGGCUUUAUUAGGAAUUGUAAGGUGCGGGCAUCCUGAUGUCCUUUCCCAAGUCGCACGUGGAAUUGCUAACUUUGCAAAAUGCGAGUCCCGAGCAUGUACUCAAGGGAUAAAGAGCGGAAGAUCCAUAUUGAUAGAAGAUGGGGCACUUCCAUGGAUUGUGCAAAAUGCCAAUGACGAGGCUGCACCUAUCCGGCGCCACAUUGAGCUUGCACUCUGUCACUUGGCACAGCAUGAGGUAAAUGCAAAAGACAUGAUUAGUGGAGGUGCCCUAUGGGAGCUAGUUCGUAUUUCACGGGACUGUUCACGAGAAGACAUAAGGAGUCUUGCUCGUCGGAUUUUGAAUUCAAGCCCCACUUUCCGUGCAGAACUACGGCGAUUACGGAUAGACUACUGAUUGCUGUUGGGAUGGGCUGCUUUGAAUAUAUUUUGUCUCCACUUGGUGAGAGCAAUGUACAGACACAUUCAUGAUGCUCCUGUACAGGCCUGGGCAAGAAUGGUGUCAAAUUCUUCAUGAUCAGUUAAAUCUCUCGCAAUUUUGUGUAAAGUAAGCGGGGUUUAAGUUUAUGUGUUCUUUAGCUCCUCUGUUUAGCUAGCAACUGUAUUUGUUGUUGGUUAUAAAAAAGGACAAACUAAUGGAAGGAUUUGUACUUGCUUGAGGGUGAGUCAAGUUUUCAUUUAGAUUUUCAGAGGUAGAAAAGCUCGAAAAUGGCAGCACUCCUCCAUGAUGUAUGAUUUAUUCUACUGUAAAAAAAAUUGAUGUAUUAUUUAAUGGUAUAAGCAAUGAUAAUCGCCAUUCUUUAGUUUUUUUGAUAGUUGAA